AUGACAGACAAAUACGAUGAAUCGCUAUAUGCCUCAUUUCAACCUUCUGAUGCUAAGUUAUUAACUUCCAGUUCUCAUACACAAUUGUUAACAGAGUAUCCAAUUUUAUCAUCAGCAUUAUCCAAUAUAUUUCCCUAUCUAUUAUUAAUUGACAAUUUUCUAGAAAUCGUAACGUGGACAAAUGAAGAUCCGUAUCAGAAUUUCAUUUUAAUAGUAUUAUAUUCGGUUAUUAUUAUGUAUUGGCAAAUUCUUAGUUUUAUAAUCAUGCCUAUAUUAAUAUCGGUUACGUUUGCAUGCUUUGUUUGGUCAAUUAGUUCUAUUAUUUAUGAUUCGAAGUUUAACGAGAAGCCAACGAUUGAUGAAGUUUUGCAUACAUUACAUAAUAUAACAAUAAGGUUUGAAAUGCUUUUAAGACCAAUCCAACAUUUCCCUAUGAAAAAAAGGAAUUUUGUAAAGGCAUUCAUAAUGACAUUUUUAUUAACUCCAAUUCAUGUCUUAUUGGUCAAAUAUGUCAUUCCUCCUCAAAAGGUUUUAUGGUUGACAGGAUUAUUUAUGUUGACAUACCACUCAGCAUGGUCGUUCUCAAUCAGAAGAUUGCUUUGGAGAUCCGUUUAUAUUAGAAUCUUCGCAUUCUACGUAACAGGUUUGAAUAUCAAAUUGGAUAGGACGAACCAGAAUCAUUUUAUGAAUAUUUCUAUAAUUCACAGUCCUAACACUAGCGAUAUUGAAGACUUUGAUGAAAACCAAAAACCCUUACAAUUGUUAGGUGAUUUCAAGAUCUUGAAGAAAACAGUCAUAUCUCCAACCCAGCUAAGACAAGUAGUAACGUUUGAAAUUUUAGAAAACGAGAGGCGAUGGGUAGGUGUUGGAUGGUCAAAGUUCGUGUUACCUGGAGAUAGACCCAGUUACUGCUAUGAACAAUCAAUGAAACCAUCCCCAUCUAUUUCCAACGAUGAAAGCUUCAACUUUCCAAUUUUCGAAAAUGAUUUAUACACAUAUCUGUGGGAAUGGUUGGAAACUAACUGGAAGGUUGACAAAGAAUUUAACAAGGGUAAAGGCUCUGAAGGGUGGGUCUACUACGAUAACAACUGGUCAACUGAAUCAUAUUCUGAUGGCUUUUCGAAGUUCACUAGAUCAAGAAAAUGGGUUAGAAAAGCUACUUUGACGAUUGAUAAGCAAGACACUGUUUAUGAUGAAUGA